AAACUUUCUAAGUGAAUGUGAACACGGCAGACUGUCAGGAGGGACGACUCAACGAAAUAAUAAUACUUAACUAAAGGCACAUAUUUGUUAUUACCCAAAAUAUCUUAAGGAAGAAAAACCGUCGGACCAUUAAUAAAAGAAAAAAGAAUGACGAAGAUAGUGUUCCUGCUGAUGCUGGGUGUGACAGUUGGACGUCCUGCCAAUGAAACGGCUGUGGGGAUAUCCAACAGUGUAAAAGUUUCAUUCCCGUGCUUUGGAUAUGUGAUCAAUGGAAUGUGUUAUCGAUUCUUCUCCGUACCAAAGAUAUACACUGAUGCUGAGUUCUACUGCAAUAAUAAUCUCCCUGGUGGACACCUUGCAGCAGUGACCAGCGCUUCCCUACAUGAACAGCUCGCUGACUUGGUGUUAAAUGCAUACGGGGGCCCUGUUCGUACCUGGGUGGGAGGGUUUAACUUUUUCAAGACUGGACAGUAUAAGUGGACAGACGGGUCCUCCUGGAAAUACACUGGCUGGAAAGUAGGCGAGCCAAAUAAUAGUGGUGGAAAAGAAGACUGUCUGGAAAUAUUCCUCGUUGAUAAAAUGUGGAAUGAUCAAACCUGCGCAGACAGCAAGCCGUUCAUCUGCUCCUAUCUGUACACUGCCUGACCCUGCAAGGAGGAGGAGGAGGAUGGACAGUGCAUGCAAACAUUUGGAGGGUGUUUGUUUAAUCACUUAAUCUAGUCUAAUUCUACAAUACUUUCUUCCACUAGACAGCGAUUUAAAAAGAAUAAUCUACUGCAGUACUGCAUGUGCUAUCUGUGAAUGAAAUUUUAACAGAUCAAAUCAAACUAUCCUUAUUUACAAAUAAAAUGCAUACCUUUACAUUACUGUUGAAACGUUGCAUG